AUGGCGACGCCGUUAGACGGCGGAGGUGUAGCGGUUCUAACGAACUCGGCGAACAAGGUCGAUUCGUCUUCGGUUCUUAAUGGCGGUUUGAAGUGCUCGAAACUCGAUUCACCGAUUUUGAUUUUCUUGUUCUUUCAUAAAGCGAUUCGGAAUGAGCUUGACAUUUUGCACCGAUUAGCCAUGGCAUUUGCCACCGGUAAUCGCUCUGAUAUUCAGCCGCUGUUCGAGCGUUAUCGUUUUCUCAGUUCCAUUUAUAGACACCACUCCAAUGCUGAAGAUGAGGUGAUUUUUCCCGCUCUAGAUAGACGUGUGAAGAAUGUUGCAAAAACUUAUUCUCUUGAGCACAAGGGUGAAAGCAAUCUUUUUGAUCAUCUAUUUGAGCUGUUAAAUUCUUCCAUCAAGAAUGAUGAAAGUUUUCCAAGAGAGUUAGCAUCUUGCACAGGAGCCUUACAGACAUCAGUUAGUCAACACUUGGCAAAGGAAGAGGAACAGGUUUUUCCUCUGCUUAUUGAGAAGUUCUCUCUUGAGGAACAAUCAUCCCUAGUUUGGCAGUUUCUUUGCAGUAUUCCUGUGAAUAUGAUGGCAGAAUUUCUUCCCUGGCUUUCAACAUCUAUAUCAGCAGAUGAAUCUCAGGACUUACGAGAUUUCUUAGUCAAGAUUGUGCCAGAGGAAAGGCUUCUUCAAAAGGUUGUUUUCACUUGGAUGGAAGGGAGAAGUAGUGUUAAUACAAUUCAAAGUAGUGCAGAUUAUUCUCAGGUUCAAUGUUGUUCUAGCCCGUUAAGGCAUCAGGCUGGAAGAGUCAAUUGUGUAUGUGAAUCCACAACAACUGGAAAAAGGAAACAUUCUGGAUCUAUACUAGAUGUUUCUGAUGUCACUGGAACACACCCUAUAGAUGAGAUAUUGCUCUGGCAUAAUGCAAUAAAAAAAGAGCUAAGUGAGAUAGCAGUGGAAACCAGAAGGAUACAAAACUCCGGAGAUUUUACUGACAUAUCAGCUUUUAAUGACAGAUUGCAAUUCAUUGCUGACGUUUGCAUAUUUCAUAGUAUUGCUGAGGACAAGGUUAUUUUUCCGGCGGUAGAUGGAGAGUUUUCUUUCUUUCAGGAGCAUGCUGAAGAAGAAAGCCAAUUUAAUGACUUUCGGUGUUUGAUUGAAAGUAUUCUAAGUGAAGGAGCAACAUCUAAUUCAGAAGUUGAAUUUUAUUCCAAGUUAUGCUCCCAUGCUGAUCAUAUAAUGGAAACCACACAGAGGCAUUUCCAUAAUGAAGAAGUUCAGGUUCUUCCACUUGCAAGAAAGCACUUCAGCUUUAGAAGACAAUGUGAACUUCUGUACCAAAGCUUAUGCAUGAUGCCUCUGAAAUUGAUUGAGAGAGUCCUACCAUGGUUGGUAAAAUCUUUAACAGAAGAAGAAGCAAAUAUAUUUCUGAGAAACAUGCAAUUUGCAGCUCCAACAGCAGAUUCUGCUCUGGUCACCCUCUUCAGUGGUUGGGCAUGCAAGGCUCGUAAUGAAGGCCUGUGUCUGUCUUCAGGCACUUCAGACUGCUGUCCUGCUCAAAGACUUUCUGAUAUUGAAGAAGAUAUUGAUCAGCCAUCCUGUGUUUGUUCCUCUGCAUCAUCCUGCAGACAUUGCUCAGUAUUACUUGAGUCAGAUGGCAACAAAAGACCAGUCAAGCGAAACACAUUGAAGUUGAGCAAUGGAGAUGUACCUGAAACUUUGGAGACUGAAAGUAUCCAGAAACAGUGCUGUAGUCCGCGGUCUUGUUGUGUACCAGGUUUAGGUGUAAACAGUAACAAUUUGGGGCUUAGUUCAGUUUCGACAACCAAGUCCUUACGCUCCUUGUCUUUCAGCUCUUCUGCUCCUUCUCUUAAUUCUAGUCUUUUCAUAUGGGAAGCAGAGAGCAGCUCAUGUGAUGUUGGCUCUGCAGAAAGACCAAUUGAUACCAUAUUUAAAUUCCAUAAAGCUAUACGCAAAGACUUGGAGUAUCUAGAUGUUGAAUCUGGAAAGCUGAGUGAUAGUGAUGAGACAGUUAUUAGGCAAUUUAGUGGAAGAUUUCGUCUUUUGUGGGGUUUAUAUAGAGCUCAUAGUAAUGCAGAAGAUGAUAUAGUAUUUCCAGCAUUAGAAUCCAAAGAGGCCCUUCACAAUUUGACCCAUAUGGCAGGGGAUUUGGGUGAUAGUAAUUUUGGAACUUCUGAUGCAAAUGAUAGGGAUGAUGUCAAGAAGUAUAACGAACUUGCAACAAAGCUUCAGGGGAUGUGCAAAUCCAUAAGAGUGACCCUGGAUCAGCAUAUUUUCAGGGAAGAGUGUGAACUGUGGCCGUUGUUUGGGAAACAUUUCACUGUGGAAGAACAAGAUAAGAUAGUAGGCCGGAUAAUUGGAACUACAGGUGCUGAAGUUCUCCAGUCAAUGUUACCAUGGGUAACUUCUGCACUUACACAGGAUGAGCAGAAUAAAAUGAUGGAUACGUGGAAGCAGGCAACUAAGAAUACUAUGUUCAAUGAAUGGCUUAAUGAAUGCUGGAAAGAGAGUCCGGAAUCUAUAACACAGACAGAAACAUCACAUUGUAGCACUUCUCACAGAGGUUCUGAGUAUCAGGAAUGCUUGGACCACAAUGAUCAAAUGUUCAAGCCAGGUUGGAAAGACAUAUUCCGGAUGAAUCAGACUGAACUUGAGUCAGAGAUUCGGAAGGUUUAUCGCGACUCAACUCUUGAUCCAAGGAGAAAGGCAUAUCUUGUGCAGAAUCUUUUGACAAGUCGUUGGAUAGCUGCCCAGCAGAAAUCACCUAAAGCUCCAUCUGAAGAAGGAUCAUCUAAUGGUGUCGAAAUAGAAGGACACUCACCAUCAUUUCGGGACCCUAGGAAACUUGUAUUUGGGUGUGAGCACUAUAAGAGAAAUUGCAAGCUUCGAGCUGCAUGUUGCGGCAAGUUAUUUACUUGCAGAUUUUGUCAUGACAAUGUGAGCGAUCACUCAAUGGAUAGAAAAGCAACAUCAGAAAUGAUGUGUAUGCGCUGCAUGAAUAUACAGCCAAUUGGGCCUAUUUGCAUGACACCUUCAUGUAAUGCACUUUCAAUGGCAAAGUACUAUUGCAGUAUAUGCAAAUUUUUUGAUGACGAAAGGAAUGUAUACCAUUGCCCAUUUUGCAAUUUAUGCCGUGUUGGACGAGGGCUAGGGAUUGAUUAUUUUCAUUGCAUGAAAUGCAAUUGCUGCCUGGGGAUUAAAACAUCAUCUCAUAAGUGCCUGGAGAAAGGUUUAGAAAUGAACUGCCCAAUAUGCUGUGACGACUUAUUCACGUCAAGUGCUACAGUCAGAGCUCAGCCCUGUGGCCACUACAUGCAUUCUGCUUGCUUUCAGGCCUACACUUGUAGUCACUACACGUGUCCAAUCUGCAGCAAGUCAUUGGGAGAUAUGGCGGUUUAUUUUGGUAUGCUUGACGCCUUGUUGGCUGCAGAGGAGCUCCCUGAAGAGUAUAGGGACCGAUAUCAGGACAUACUUUGCAAUGACUGUGAUCGAAAGGGAACUUCACGCUUCCACUGGUUGUAUCAUAAAUGUGGGUCUUGUGGCUCUUACAAUACUCGGUUGAUCAAGCGCGAGACACGCUGA